UCAUGGCUGCGUCCGUCAGUCACCCUGCGCUGUCCUCCUUAUACAAAAUAAACUGCAAUAUUAACGGAAUAUCAGGUUUAAUUUCGUUCAGCAGGAAGAUUUCAGUCUCAUCCGUCCUUUCAACAAGCGCCGUGACCGCAAAAAGAGAAGCUGCAGGUAAAGGUGUUCGGGGUCAGAUGAAAUCAAGGAGACCGGCUGGCGAGCCCCGAGCGGAGCGAAUGGCUGUGGAUCAGGACUGGACUGCGGUUUAUCCCACCGCAGCAUCCUUCAAACCCUCCGCCGUCCCCUUACCUGUGCGGAUGGGAUAUCCUGUCAACAGAGGCGUCCCGCCAGCCAAACAUGGCAACCUGGAACUGAUCAAGAUUCCUAAUUUUUUGCACUUAACCCCGGUGGCCAUUAAGAAGCACUGCGAGGCGCUGAAACCGUUCCUCACCGAGUGGCCGUCUGCGCUGGACUCUGCUGAGAAAUGCACGGAGCAUUUCCCAAUACAAGUGCAGAGUAAGGAUUUCGUAUCCUCUGGAAUGUCACUGCGAAACCCAGAUGCAAGGAUCGUGACACUGAAAGUGAAGCUCUCCAGCCUAAAUCUGGACGAUCACGCCAGAAAGAAGAUGAUCAAACUGGCUGAAAAGCGCUACUGUAAAGAAACAGACACAUUAACCAUCAUCACAGACAGUUGUCCGCUGAGACAGCAGAAUUAUGAUUACGCCAUGUACCUGCUGACUGUCCUCUACCACGAGUCCUGGAAAAGCGAGGCGUGGGAGGAGGAGAAGACUCGAGCAGAUAUGGAGGAGUACGAGUGGCAGGACAGUCCUUCACAGAGGAACAUUCUGGAGACACUAAAGGGCAUUAGAGGAACAGAGGAGACGCAGGAGCUCCUGGACCAACCGGAGGUUCAGGAGUACAGAAACAGUGUAACCCAGAUGAAGAAUCACGGAGAGACGGAGGAAAACCUGCUCCGCUAUAAAGAGGCUGUCAAGAAGCUGCUUCAGCUCUGAGCAACAGCACAGAACCGUUUCACAUUUAGACUUUUGUUUCUGUUAUUCUAAUGUUUUUGUUAUAUGCAAAAUAUGGUCAUAUUCAGAGAAAUAAAUUCAUUCACAACUGCA